CCAACUGCGACCUCCACCCCAUUGACCAUCUCGGCUGUUCCCACCAACGCCACCACGGCCACCUCCAGCAUGACAAGCCAACUUAGCAUGACUACAAAUCCGUGCUUGAAUGGUGGCACGUGGCAAGAUGGCAAGUGCAAGUGUCCCGGGGGCUUCCAAGGUGACUUCUGCAAUGACCCCACCUGCAAAAAUGGGGGCACCUGGGUCAACGGCCUCUGCCUGUGCCCCCCGACUUUCCAAGGGGACACGUGCGAGGACCUCAAGAAUAUCGUGGAGGUCAAAAAUGUGACGAUGAACGCGACGGUGGAGAUGACGACCAAAGUCGAUGUGACAUUUAGUGAAGAUCUCAAAGAUCCAAACUCAGAAGCUUACCGGGAAUUUGAGAGCAAGUUCCAGAACAAGACACGGCAGAUUUAUGGUCAUAUCGAGGGCUACAGAGGUGUGGAGAUCAAAAACCUGAGCCAGGGCAGCAUCGUGGUGGACUACGAGGUCCUCCUGGAGGUCACUGCCAACUCCGAGGCCAACGAGGUCGUGGAGAACAUCUCUAAGAUCCUUGCCACUGCCUUAAAAAACUACUCCGACUGUUCUUUCUGCUUCAACGCCAGCGCUACCCAAGUCAAAAACGUUACCGUGCAUGAUGUGGAAGAAGGUAAGUGA